AUGCUCUCCGCUUCUUACGGACGCCUCAAGCAACACGUCGAGGUCGUCGUGAAAAACCAGUUUUACGACACCGCUGACCGUCGCCCGCUCCCUGUUAGCGUUGAAGUCAACAUCAGUACCUCGUCCCACCGACUUGAUGAACCCUAUGCGCCAGCUCACUCAUCGGGCCCCUCCGCUAUAGAGCCUUCCGAGGGCGGACGAGCUGGUCUGGUCGUCGAUGAUACCGAUGGAAGCAGCGAUUCUGGGUCGGAGAGCGAAGGGUCGGACGAGGACGAGCGCUUGCGUUGGAGUGGCGCCUCACCUCCGGUCUCAAUCGCGCCGCAGCGUGCCAGCCCCGACGGAUGGAAGACCGGCACUCCUGUUGUUGGCCCAGCACACAACAACGGCAUCGAUCAUGGACAUGAACCCGUCCCAUUUGCCCGAGCUCCCGCUCAGAUGUCUGCACUUCAAAGCCGCGGCGGCUCUACCCCUGCCCCUAGCCAAUCCACAGACCCUCUUCCGACCGAUGGACGUCGCAUUCGAAGGCCUCGGGGUGAGCCCGGGAAGCCGGGCAACGGUGGUUACAAUCUGAAGGAGGCCUUGGGCUGGCCCUCCGACCGCUACAAUGCAGUUCGGCGCUCCAUGAACCAGUUGGUGGAUUCCUUCCUGGACACAUCGCGUCCUGUGACCAAGCAAACCUCGGCACGUCUAGAAGUCUUUGACGAGGAGGCGCUCAAGCUCUUCCCGGAGUUCGGCAACGACUUUCAGGACCGUUGGCCUAUUCGCGCCUUCGCCAGUAGCCGUCUGCACUAUCUACAGAACAAUACCGCUCGCCUGAAGCAGAAGGCAGAGCUGGCUCAGCUCAAAGAGAGCAGUGGGGGUGUCAAGCCCGAGGAGUCGGGCUCGUGA